UUCCUUUCUGACUUUGCCUUGUUUUCUGCCUUGCUCCCCCCCCCCUCCACCCUCAGUAGCCGUCUGCGGCCCAGGAGCCCGGUGCACUCGGAUGAUGGCGGAGAUAUUCCUGUGAUCCCAGACCUGGAGGAAGUGCAGGAAGAAGAUCUGGCCAUGCAGGUAGCAGCCCCGCCCAGCAUUCAGGUGAACCGAGUAAUGACGUAUCGAGACCUGGACAAUGACUUAAUGAAGUAUGGAGCUUUCCAGACACUGGAUGGUGAUAUUGACCUGAAGCUGCUGAGCCGUGUGCUGUCAGCCGAGCAGGACGUCAGGGAGGAGGAUGAAUCAUGGAGCUGGGAUCAUUUGUUCACUGAGGUAUCCUCUGAGCUCCUGACUGAGUCGGAGGAUGGGGCUGGCCAAGAUGAGGAUGAAGCAAAGCUGCUGUCUGCACCAGCCUGACAGAACCAGGAACCACACUGUGCACCUCUCAGCCCACCCUCAUCAUGGGUUGAUGGUCCUUUGUUUGUCUCGGAUGUUAAUAUCGGGAAGUCACACAACACCAGGUUAUAGUCCAACAGCUUUAUUUGAAAUCACAAGCUUUCAGAACGCUGCUCCUUCAUCAGGUGACCUGACUUCACUUGACAAACACAUGAAGAAGGGACAGCUCUCCGAAAGCUUGUGAUUUUCAGAUAAACCUGUUGGAUGAUAAUCUGAUGUCAUGUGACUUCUGACCUUGUCCACCCCAGUCCAACACCGGCCCGUCCAUAUCCUGGAUGUUAAUGUGAAAUUUCCAGAGCAUGUAAAAUAGAGCUUGUUUCCAUAA